GUUUCUAAUGUUUUCAAAGCAGAGGGACAAUUUAGUUGGUGUUUGCGAGAAGUUUCAAGAUGUCAAUUUUUCCAUUUUCGCUAGCGUUUUGCUUGCUCCUUGUGUGGGUACCGACAGAAGUAGAGUCACUAGGAACGAUCUGCCAGACGGCCGAGGUAGCGAAAAGCUAUGGCCCCAUCAAAUGCUUAUUCACAAGAUUAUUCAAGAAAGACAAAUCUUGCAAAGAGAAAACAACGAAACUAGUUUGUAUCACCCUCCCCACCACGACCACACUCCCGACAACAGCGACACCAAACCAAACUAGUACGGAGCCCAGCACCACUACCGAUCCCACCAGCGUCAUGGACUGUUCUGUAGAAACGUUCUUUCGUGACAGUCAAGAUUCGACCAAAUACUACCAGUGUCUGGGUAACACCCCAACACUGUUCAGGUGUCCGGUCCUUAGUGUCGCCGGAACUGACGUGAUCCAGGCAUGGGACCAGUACACACACUCGUGUAUGAUUCCUCCCGAAGCUGAUGUUACCUGUGAGAAGCCCAAUGGACGACAACAUCACCCGUCCUACUGUAACAUGUACAUCGAGUGUCACAAUAGUGUGCUGUCUAAGAUUCGCUGUCGGGCGGGUCUCGGCUACGAUGAUUCGCGGAAAGACUGCAUAUUGGACCCUACAUGUAUAGUCACCUAAACAAAAGGAGGAGACCCUUGAUCACUGAAGAUGAAAUAAAUAUGAUGAUCUGGACAGAAUAACAUCUGAGCAGGAUUACCUAGAUCUAAGGAGGACGUCCUACGUUAGACAGAUUGUCCUAAAUCUAGGAGAGAUAAUCCGAAUUCAGACUUAUAACCUGGGUCUGAUAGCUACAAUAGCUGACUGAUGACUCUUCAGGACCAUAUGUGUUACGUCAUAUCUAGGCAUGUCAUAUUACGUCACUGUAGACAUGUCAUGUUACGUCACUGUAGACAUGUCAUAGUAAUGUUAUUCUCGUGUGUUUUACGUCACUGUAGACAUGUCAUAGUACGUCACUGUAGACAUGUCAUAUCACGUCAGUGUAGACAGGUCAUAGUAAUGUUCUCGUGUGUUUUACGUCACUGUAGACAUGUCAUAUUACGUCACUGUAGACAUGUCAUAGUACGUCACUGUAGACAUGUCAUAUUAUGUCACUGUAGAAAUGUCAUAGUACGUCGCUGUAGACAUGUCAUAGUAAUGUUCUUGUAUGUUUAACGUCACUGUAGACAUGUCAUAUUACGUCACUGUAGACAUGUCAUAGUACGUCACUGUAGACAUGUCAUAGUAAUGUUCUUGUGUGUUUUACGUCGCUGUAGCCAUGUCAUAGUACGUCACUGUAGACAUGGCAUAGUAAUGAUAUUAUCGUGUGUUUUACGUCACUGUAGACAUGUCAUAUUACGUCACUAUAGACAUGUCAUAGUAAUGUUCUCGUGUGUUUUACGUCACUGUAGACAUGUCAUAGUAAUGUUAUUCUCGUGUGUUUUACGUCACUGUAGACAUGUCAUAUUACGUCACUGUAGACAUGUCAUAUUACGUCACUGUAGACAUGUCAUAUUACGUCACUGUAGACAUGUCAUAGUAAUGUUCUCGUGUGUUUUACGUCACUGUAGACAUGUCAUAUUACGUCACUGUAUACAUGUCAUGGUACGUCACUGUAUACAUGUCAUGGUACGUCACUGUACACAUGUCAUAGUAAUGUUGUUCUUGUGUGUUUUACGUCACUGUAGACAUGUCAUAGUACGUCACUGUAGACAUGUCAUAGUACGUCACUGUAGACAUGUCAUAUUACGUCACUGUACCCAUGUCAUGUUACGUCACUGUAGACAUGUCAUGUUACGUCACUGUAGACAUGUCAUAGUAAUGUUGUUCUCGUGUGUUUUACGUCACUGUAGACAUGUCAUAUUACGUCACUGUAGACAUGUCAUAGUACGUCACUGUAGACAUGUCAUAGUACGUCACUGUAGACAUGUCAUAGUAAUGUUCUCGUGUGUUUUACGUCACUGUAGACAUGUCAAAUUACGUCACUGUAGACAUGUCAUAGUAAUGUUGUUCUUGUGUGUUUUACGUCACUGUAGACAUGUCAAAUUACGUCACUGUAGACAUGUCAUAGUACGUCACUGUAGACAUGUCAUAUUACGUCACUCUACCCAUGUCAUGUUACGUCACUGUAGACAUGUCAUGUUACGUCACUGUAGACAUGUCAUAGUAAUGUUGUUCUCGUGUGUUUUACGUCACUGUAGACAUGUCAUAUUACGUCACUGUAGACAUGUCAUAGUACGUCACUGUAGACAUGUCAUAGUACGUCACUGUAGACAUGUCAUAGUAAUGUUCUCGUGUGUUUUACGUCACUGUAGACAUGUCAAAUUACGUCACUGUAGACAUGUCAUAGUAAUGUUGUUCUUGUGUGUUUUACGUCACUGUAGACAUGUCAAAUUACGUCACUGUAGACAUGUCAUAGUACGUCACUGUAGACAUGUCAUAGUAAUGUUGUUCUCGUGUGUUUUACGUCAUUGUAGACAUGUCAAAUUACGUCACUGUAGACAUGUCAUAGUACGUCACUGUAGACAUGUCAUAGUAAUGUUAUCGUGUGUUUUACGUCACUGUAGACAUGUCAUAGUACGUCACUGUAGACAUGUCAUAGUAAUGUUGUUCUCGUGUGUUUUACGUCACUGUAGACAUGUCAUAGUAAUGUUCUCGUGUGUUUUACGUCACUCUAGACAUGUCAUAGUACGUCACUGUAGACAUGUCAUAGUACGUCACUGUAGACAUGUCAUAGUAAUGUUCUCGUGUGUUUUACGUCACUGUAGACAUGUCAUAGUACGUCACUGUAGACAUGUCAUAGUAAUGUUCUCGUGUGUUUUACGUCACUCUAGACAUGUCAUAGUAAUGUUGUUUUCCGUCUUAGUGACAACAAUCAUGUAUCGUUAUGUACAACCGUGAUGUGUUAUUGCAUGCCUUGCGAAAUAUUUAAAAAUGAAUAAAAAGUAAAUCAAAACUAAAA